AUGUCUCUUUCUAAGAAGUUAACUUUGGACAAAGUGGAUGUGAAAGGGAAGCGAGUCGUCAUGAGAGUUGACUUCAAUGUCCCCAUGAAGAAGAACCAGAUUACAAACAACCAAAGAAUCAAGGCCUCUCUCCCAAGCAUCAGGUACUGUCUGGACAAUGGAGCCAAGUCAGUAGUUCUUAUGAGUCAUUUAGGUAGACCUGAUGGUGUUCCAAUGCCUGAUAAAUACUCCUUAGAGCUUGUUGCUGCUGAACUCAAAUCCUUGUUGGGCAAGGACGUUCUGUUCCUAAAGGACUGUGUGGGUCCGGAAGUGGAGAAGGCGUGUGCCAACCCAGCCACCGGUACAGUCAUCUUGCUGGAGAACCUGCGCUUUCAUGUGGAAGAAGAAGGGAAGGGCCAAGAUCCUUCUGGAAAUAAGCUUAAAGCUGAGCCAGAUAAAAUAGAAGCCUUCCGAGCAUCCCUCUCCAAGCUAGGGGAUGUGUAUGUCAAUGAUGCUUUUGGGACAGCUCACCGGGCCCACAGUUCCAUGGUGGGAGUGAAUCUUCCCCAGAAGGCAUCUGGAUUCCUGAUGAAGAAGGAGCUAGAUUACUUCACCAAAGCCUUGGAAAACCCAGAGAGACCAUUUUUGGCUAUACUUGGUGGAGCCAAAGUGGCAGACAAGAUCCAACUCAUCAAAAACAUGCUGGACAAAGUCAAUGAGAUGAUUAUUGGUGGGGGAAUGGCUUACACCUUCCUUAAGGUAUUGAACAACAUGGAGAUUGGUGCUUCCUUGUUCGAUGAAGAGGGAGCCAAGAUUGUCAAAGAAAUUAUGACCAAAGCUGGAAAGAAUGGUGUGAACAUUACCUUUCCUGUUGACUUUGUCACUGCUGACAAGUUUGAGGAGAAUGCUAAGGUUGGCCAAGCCACUGUAGCAUCAGGGAUACCUGCCGGCUGGAUGGGUUUGGACUGUGGUCCUGAGACCAUUAAGAAGUACGCAGCUGUGGUGGGGCGAGCCAAGUUAAUUGUGUGGAAUGGACCUGUAGGGGUAUUUGAAUGGGAUGCUUUUGCUAAAGGAACAAAAGCCCUCAUGGAUGAAGUUGUGAAAGCCACUUCCAAGGGCUGUAUCACCAUUAUAGGAGGUGGAGACACUGCUACUUGCUGUGCCAAAUGGAACACUGAAGAUAAAGUCAGUCACGUGAGCACUGGAGGAGGUGCCAGUCUAGAGCUUCUGGAAGGUAAAGUCCUUCCUGGAGUGAAUGCCCUCAGCAACCUGUAG